UUGAAGCGGGACGCUGAGGGCACAGUUAUUCCCUCGUCAUCAGCUGGAAUGUCCGAAGACGUUAAAAGUAUUAAUAAAGUGCCUCUUUGGCUAUCACUGCAUCCAAUGUUGCACGAUCGAAAAAAUUUCACAAAGGCGCCUCAGUCCGGACAGAAGAAGACGAGCGUCAGCAGUGUUAGUGGUGGUGCUGCUGGUGGUGGCGGUGGCGGUGACUGUGGUCAGUCACGCAACAAGGUGAUCCGAUUUGGCACCAACUGUGACCUCUCCGAUGAGCGCAAGUGGUUUCCCCAGCUGCACGAGCUCACCAAACUACCCACCUUCUUCCGCGUGACCAGCGCCUCCAAUAUGCUCAGUCAUGUUGGCUAUCCUCUGCUGGGCAUGAACACCGUCCAACUCUACAUGAAGGUGCGUCUCUCCCCGUCACUUUCCAUCGCCCUGUUAAAAUAA